AUGGCCAUUCAACAAUGGAUCACGCCUUUGAAGGGCAUUGACAGCCUCAGCCAAACCGAGGCUCCUAUGCCCGCACCAGGGCCAAACGAAGUAUUGGUGGAAAUACGCGCUGUGGCUCUCAACUACCGCGACGUGGAAGGUAAGCCCCUUGCUAGAAACAGGGAUAGAUAUCAUAUGCUAAAUGAAACCCUUAAAGUAACUAAUGGCGAGUAUAAGCACCAUAAAUCCGCCGAACAAGAUGCCACUAUCGUACCUUGCUCGGACAUGUGUGGAGUGGUGAGCCAGGUCGGAUCUGCCGUGACAAAAUGGGCAGUAGGCGAUCGAGUGCUUUCGACUUUUCUGCCUGAUCACCAAAGCGGCCAAGUGACUGAGAAGGAGCUUAGCAGAAGUCUGGGGCUGCCACAGGAUGGGGUCCUUGCAACCCAUCGCCUAUUCCCCGAUUAUGGUCUGGUGAAAGCACCCGACUUCAUGUCGGACGAGGAGGCGGCUACGCUUCCUAUUGCUUCAGUUACAGCCUGGAUGUCUAUCAAUGGCAUGCGACCGAUGGGGCAGAGCGGCGGAAAGGACGAGUAUAUCUUGCUCCAAGGAACUGGUGGGGUGGCUAUUGCUGGGUUACAGAUUGCAAAGGCAGCUGGCGCGAGGGUUAUUAUCACCUCCUCCUCCGAUGCCAAAUUGGACCAGGCCAAACAGCUCGGUGCUGAUUUUACCAUCAACUACCGUACCAACCCAGAUUGGGAAACAGAGGUUAUGCGGAUCACUGAAAACCGUGGCGCUGAUAUCAUCCUGGAAGUCGGUGGCGCUAAAACCUUACGGAAGAGCUUUGACUGCAUUGCAUUCGGAGGCUUGAUCAACUGCAUUGGCUACGUAUCGGGCAAGAUCGAUGCCGAUGACGACCGUCUGAAUGUCAACUUGUUGACGCUGCGUCGGACCGUAACGCUCAAGGGAAUUAUUAAUGGGCCCAAGGAUCGCUUUGAAGAAAUGAUCCGCUUCUACGAGACACACCAGGUCCACCCGGCAGUCAACCGGGUCUUUUCAUUCGCUGAUGCUAAGGAGGCGUUCAAGUUCGUGGAAAGCGGCAGCCACUUUGGCAAGGUAGUGAUCAAAAUUCAAUAG